CCGGAGCCGCGGCUGACGGGUUCCGGUGUCAGGCGCAGACGUGUCGGCCGGGGCCGUAGAGGGAGAGGCGCUGCCCCUGCCCGCUCGGAACAGCGCCCGGCCCGGGGCCGGCCCGGCGGCGCCAUGUCCGGGACCAGCAGCCCCGAAGCCGUGAAGAAGCUGCUGGAAAACAUGCAGGGAGACCUGCGGGGCCUCAGCCUGGAGUGCCGGAAAAAAUUCCCCCCCGUCAAGGAGGCUGCUGAAUCAGGAAUAAUAAAAGUGAAAACAAUAGCUGCACGUAACACUGAUAUUUUGGCAGCACUAAAAGAGAACAGCUCAGAGGUAGUUCAGCCUUUUCUAAUGGGUUGUGGAACAAAGGAACCAAAGAUCACUCAGCUGUGUCUAGCAGCCAUACAGAGGCUCAUGUCCCAUGAAGUUGUUUCAGAGGCUGCAGCAGGAAACAUUAUUAAUAUGCUUUGGCAACUGAUGGAAAAUAGUCUUGAAGAACUUAAAUUGCUCCAGACAGUUCUUGUACUUUUAACAACCAAUACAGUUGUGCAUGAUGAAGCACUGUCCAAGGCAAUUGUACUUUGUUUUCGAUUGCACUUCACAAAAGAUAAUAUCACAAAUAACACUGCGGCAGCUACAGUGAGGCAGGUAGUUACUGUUGUGUUUGAGAGGGUGGUUGCUGAAGAUGAACGAUACAAAGAUACUAUUGACCAGCCAGUUGCAGUUCAAGGAAAUAGUAACAGAAGAUCUGUCAGUACACUGAAGCCAUGUGCUAAGGAUGCAUAUAUGCUUUUUCAGGAUCUUUGUCAGUUAGUUAAUGCUGAUGCUCCCUACUGGCUUGUGGGUAUGACAGAAAUGACCCGGACAUUUGGCCUUGAACUUCUUGAGUCAGUCCUCAAUGACUUUCCGCAAGUGUUUUUACAACAUCAGGAAUUCAGUUUUCUUCUUAAAGAAAGAGUAUGCCCUCUUGUUAUAAAGCUCUUUUCCCCAAAUAUCAAAUUCAGGCAAGGUUCCAGCACGUCAUCUUCCCCAGCACCAGUAGAAAAACCAUACUUCCCCAUCUGUAUGCGUUUGCUGAGAGUAGUUUCUGUUUUGAUUAAGCAGUUUUACAGUUUGCUGGUAACAGAAUGUGAAAUCUUUCUGUCAUUGCUGGUUAAGUUUCUGGAUGCAGACAAACCACAGUGGCUGAGGGCUGUUGCAGUAGAAUCUAUUCACAGGCUUUGUGUGCAGCCUCAGUUAUUAAGGUCCUUUUGUCAGUCGUAUGAUAUGAAGCAACAUUCCACUAAAGUUUUCCGUGAUAUUGUAAAUGCACUGGGGUCCUUCAUCCAGUCACUGUUUCUUGUACCAAGCACAGGGAACACAUCAGCAACACCAAACCAAACUGGAAGCAAUGCAUCGGGGAAUGCUGGCUCAGCACAAACUAGCCCAGGAGUACUUGGAAUAGGAGGAGGCGCAACUGUAUUACCUGCCUUUGAGUAUAGAGGCACUUGGAUACCUAUCCUGAAUGUAACAGUACAAGGCAGUGCUAAAGCUACCUAUUUGGAAAUGCUGGACAAAGUAGAGCCACCUACGAUUCCUGAAGGCUAUGCCAUGUCGGUGGCAUUUCACUGUUUACUGGAUCUUGUCCGUGGUAUCACUACCAUGAUUGAAGGAGAGUUGGGAGAGGCAGAAACAGUCAGUCAAACCACAGCAGAGACAACUUCCUUGCCAGCACAGUCUUCAGAGCAGCAAGACUUGCAGUCUGUAUCUGAUCAAUCAGAGAAAGAACUAGUUAGCAGAGCUGUCUGGGAAGAAAUGGUGAAUGCUUGUUGGUGUGGACUUCUGGCUGCUUUAUCACUUCUACUUGAUGCAAGCACUGAUGAAGCUGCCACUGAAAAUAUUCUAAAAGCAGAAUUGACCAUGGCUGCACUUUGUGGAAGACUGGGUCUUGUAACAUCAAGAGAUGCCUUUAUCACUGCCAUUUGCAAAGGAUCCUUGCCUCCUCACUAUGCCCUUACUGUAUUAAACAGCACAACUGCAGCUCUGUCCAGCAAAUCAUAUUCCAUUCAGGGACAGAAUGUUCAAAUGAUCAGUCCUUCAAGCGAAUCUCACCAGCAGGUCGUAGCAGUAGGGCAACCCUUAGCUCUUCAGCCACAGGGAACAGUAAUGCUGACUUCAAAAAAUAUCCAGUGUAUGAGAACAUUACUCAAUUUAGCUCACUGCCAUGGAGCUGUUCUUGGUACGUCGUGGCAACUUGUCCUGGCUACUCUUCAGCAUCUUGUGUGGAUUCUGGGACUGAAGCCUGGUGUUGGGGGUGCAUUAAAACCUGGGAGAGCUGUAGAAGGGCCCAGCACAGUUCUGACUACAGCAGUUAUGACUGAUCUGCCAGUUAUAUCCAACAUACUUUCAAGGCUUUUUGAAAGCUCACAGUACCUCGACGAUGUGUCCUUACAUCACUUAAUAAAUGCCCUUUGCUCGUUGUCUCUGGAAGCCAUGGAUAUGGCCUAUGGAAACAAUAAGGAACCAUCACUUUUUGCUGUUGCUAAAUUACUGGAAACAGGACUAGUUAACAUGCACAGGAUUGAGAUUCUUUGGAGACCUCUGACUGGUCAUCUUCUGGAGAAGGUGUGUCAGCACCCAAACUCCAGGAUGAGAGAAUGGGGAGCAGAAGCUUUAACUUCUCUCAUUAAAGCAGGACUGACAUUCAGCCAUGAUCCUCCAUUAUCUCAAAAUCAGAGACUGCAGUUGCUUUUAUUGAAUCCACUAAAGGAACUGUCAAACAUUAGUCAUCCUGAUAUCAGGAUCAAGCAGUUGGAGUGUGUGCUACAGAUUUUGCAAAGUCAGGGUGACAGCUUAGGACCUGGUUGGCCAUUGGUGCUUGGAGUCAUGGGGGCAAUCCGAAGUGAUCAAGGAGAGUCCUUAAUACGGACUGCAUUCCAGUGUCUUCAGUUGGUUGUGACAGACUUUCUUCCAACAAUGCCAUGUACUUGUCUACAGAUAGUUGUUGAAGUUGCAGGAAGCUUUGGACUUCACAAUCAAGAGCUAAAUAUUAGCUUAACUUCAAUUGGUUUGUUGUGGAAUAUUUCGGACUAUUUUUUCCAAAGAGGUGAAAUAAUUGAGAAGGAGCUAAACAAAGAAGAAGCAGUGUUGCAGAAACAGGCAGAAGAAAAGGGAGUGAUGCUGAAUAGACCUUUUCAUCCUGCAUCACCAUUUGACUGUCUUUGGUUAUGCCUGUAUGCCAAACUUGGAGAGCUGUGUGUGGAUCCCCGACCUGCAGUUAGAAAGAGCGCUGGGCAGACAUUGUUUUCUACUAUUGGUGCUCAUGGAACUUUAUUGCAACAUUCAACAUGGCACACAGUAAUAUGGAAGGUUUUAUUUCACCUAUUGGAUAGGGUUCGAGAAUCUUCUACCACAGCUGACAAAGAGAAGAUUGAAUCAGGAGGAGGCAACAUUCUCAUUCACCACUCAAGGGACACAGCUGAGAAACAGUGGGCUGAGACAUGGGUAUUAACGCUGGCUGGAGUUGCAAGAAUUUUUAACACCAGGAGAUACUUACUACAGCCUUUAGGAGACUUUUCCCAAGCCUGGGAUGUUCUUCUCGAUCACAUCCAAUCAGCAGCACUCAGCAAAAACAAUGAAGUUUCCUUGGCUGCUCUGAAAAGCUUCCAGGAGAUCUUACAAAUUGUUUCUCCUGUCCGAGACUCAGAGAAGCCUGAUACACCGCCUGCUAUCAAUGUUUCUGUACCUGUGGUGGUAGGGACAACAACUGCCACUAGUCUUGGCAGAUCAUUCAUGAGAACUGACUCCAUAGGAGAAAGAAUAGGAAGAUACAAUGGAUCUGAACCGCCUGUAAUAACAGAUGAGAUUGAAGAUUUGAAUCUUUGGUGGGCAGCCUGGAACAGCUGGUACAGGAUUGGUUCAGAAAGUACAAGGCCUCCAGUUACUUGUGAUAAAUUGACUUUCAUUCCCAGCCAGCCUUUUCUUACAGCUUUAAUUCAAAUAUUCCCGGCUCUUUACCAACACAUCAAAACUGGUUUCAGUAUGGAUGAUCUCCAAAAGCUGGGUGUCAUUUUGCAUGGUGCUGUUUCAGUUCCAAUCAGUUCCGAUGCUUCCCCUUUCAUCCUUCCAUCUUACACUGAAGCAGUUUUGACAAGUUUACAGGAAGCAGUGCUUACAGCUUUAGAUGUUUUACAAAAGGCUAUAUGUGUGGGCUCAGAAAGUAUGCAGAUAAUGUAUCCUGCAAUCUUCGACCAGCUGUUGGCCUUUGUAGAGUUUUCCUGCAAGCCCCCACAGUAUGGACAGCUGGAAACAAAGCACAUUGCAAAUGCAAAGUAUAAUCAGAUACAACUAUUUGCACCGGCGGAGUGGGUAGCAUUGAAUUAUGUGCCAUUUGCUGAGAGAUCACUGGAAGUUGUUGUAGACUUAUACCAAAAGACAGCUUGCCAUAAAGCUGUGGUAACGGAGAAAGUUCUUCAGAACAUUAUUAAGACACUAAGAAUACCUCUUAGUCUGAAAUAUUCCUGUCCUUCUGAAAGCACAUGGAAGCUAGCUGUUUCCUCUCUGCUCAAAGUUCUCUCUAUCGGACUACCUGUUGCAAGGCAGCAUGCGUCUUCUGGAAAAUUUGACAGUAUGUGGCCAGAGCUAGCAAAUACAUUUGAAGACUUUUUGUUCACAAAAAGUACACCUCCUGAUAAUCUCUCAAUUCAAGAAUUUCAGAAGAAUGAGAGUAUUGAUGUUGAGGUGGUGCAACUUAUCAGCACAGAGAUACUGCCAUAUGCUAAUUUUAUUCCUAAGGAAUUUGUUGGUCAGAUAAUGACUAUGCUCAAUAAAGGCUCAAUACAUUCUCAGUCAUCCUCCUUUACAGAAGCCGAAAUAGAUAUUCGAAUGAGAGAGGAGUUUUCCAAGGUGUGUUUUGAAACACUGCUCCAGUUUUCAUUCAGUAAUAAAGUCACAACUCCUCAGGAAGGCUACAUCUCUAGAAUGGCACUCUCUGUGCUCUUAAAAAGGUCACAGGAUGUAUUGCAUCGCUACAUAGAAGAUGAGAGAUUGAGUGGCAAAUGUCCUCUUCCACGGCAACAAGUAACAGAAAUCAUAUUUGUUUUAAAAGCUGUCAGCACUCUCAUAGAUUCACUUAAAAAAACUCAACCUGAAAAUGUUGAUGCUAAUACAUGGGCACAAGUUAUUGCCUUGUACCCGACCUUAGUAGAAUGUAUCACCUGCUCCUCCUCGGAAGUGUGCUCUGCUCUGAAAGAGGCACUCGUUCCCUUUAAGGACUUCAUGCAUCCACCAGCAUCCAAGUGAUGACUGAUCCAAAAGUCAAAAGUCAACUGCCGUUGUAUAGCUCAUGCAAUUGGUAUGAGUGAUGAAGACCGAAAAAGCUUACCUAGAAAAAGGAAAACAGGAUAGAAAAUACCUACGUUUUGUCAAAUUGCCUGUGUCUGAAGAAUUUCUUCCUGGUACUUUAAAGAACUAAUAUGAGGACCUUCAGCAUUUUAAGAUCAUCUUUGAAAGCUAGUGUAAAUCAAGAGAAGUACCAGAUGGCUGAAAGAAAGUAGAAACAGUGUUUUAAGUUUUUAAGGACAAACUGGAGGAGAAGAUGGAAACCGUAGAUCAACUGACCUGACAUCAAUUCUUUUUUUUUCCUUUCUUUUCCUGACAAGGAAAUAUCAAAAUCUGCUGUUAACAUCAGGAAGAUAUCUAUGACACACAUAACAACUGAUAAGUAUUUGCUAUGAUCAAGUCACUUAAACCCAGUCUCAUUUCCUUUUAUGACAAAGUGACAGGUCUUGUGGAUGGGGAUAAGAACUAGUUGCUAAGUCUUGGUUUUAGUAAGGCUUUGGACACUGUUUCACGUGACUCUUUCAUAAGCAAACCCAGGAAACAGUCUAGCCAAGCAGACAAGGCCCUAAAAACAAGUAUUAGUUGAUCAGGGUCAGAGUGUGCGGAUCGGGAUUCUACGUGUAGCUUCUCUGAAUGCAAUAGAAGGAUAAAGAAGCGUGCCUACUGUAUCAGUACCAAAUUGACAGAUGUCUUAUAAUCCUGUUCUGUAGCAUACUUGUAACUCUAACAUCUCAACUGGCGAAGUGGUUUCCCAAAAACCAGGAUGCAGUUCAUAAAGAUGACUGUGAGAUGUUGCUGUUAAGCAGCAGUCAGCUUUUUCCAUUUAGUUUUGCCAGCUUUCUUGAAUAGAAGACUUGAAUUUCAAAACAGUUUUGAUGGUUUUCCUUAGAAAAUUGCUCCAGUGUUAAAAUGGCUGUUGGUGCAAACAGCUGUCAGUUACCACCACCAAAAACUAGAUCUGAAAACAUGUUUUGCAACGGUUUUUAAUAAUGGAAAUAUAAAACAAGUUGUAACAUCUUAUAAGCAAUGGAAAAUUAAAAUUUUAUAUAAACUUUCUCACCUGAUACAUUUUUGUGCAUAAUCCGUAAUCUGAUAUAAUAACAUUUAAUCUACACAGUGAUUGUGUAAUCGUCUUUAAUCCAUCCAGUCAAACUUUAUUUCAGUAAAUAAAUCCAUGUUUUUCGGUUAUGCAUCAAACACCUGAUCUCUACUCACGCUGUUUUAAAAUAUUUCAGCUAACAUUGUAUUUUAUAUCUUAAAGAAUUAAGCUGUAUAUUAAAGACAGGAUGGAAUUAUUGCAAUAAAAAUAGUACUGAGCGAUGUUGCCAACAGAAUAGGGGGUUUGUGUUGCAUUGUGGAAUACAUCAAAUAAGACAACCUACAGUGCAUUAGUUAUCAUCCACUUUCCUGAUUGAGAGUGACAGUCAAUGUGUCCUAUCAGACAGUAACAUGCUAAAAACUGAUCCUUCUAUUUCUGAGCUCCUUAUUUAAGCAUUUGUCUUGAUUAUGAAACAGACUCUAUAAAAAGGAUAAGAUACCUAUGUAUUUACUGUGCUAACUGCAGCAUUACAUUAGCAAGACAUGAGAGUAUUCAUUGCUCUAAUUUAUUAUCUAUGCUUAGAGGAAUUGGCAGAUAAGCUUAUUUUAAAAAUCAGUAUGAUAUGCUUUUCUCUGCAUGUUAACAUGUUUAUUCUCACUGGUGGUCCAGGACUUCUUAAGGAAUCUUGUUUGUCAGCAGCAUAAUCCUCUUUUCACCUGAAAAACAUGUUCUUUACAGAAGGAACGAGUUAAGUACAGCUACCAUCUUUUUCUCUAAUC